AUCAAAAGUAUUUGAAAUAUUCUCCGGACAAAAAAGGAAAGAAAAUGGAGAACAAGAGAAGGGUUAUGUUAGUGGUGAUGAUGUUGGUGAUGGGGAACAUGUUGAUUGAGACAGAGGCUGCAAUGUCUUUUAAAGUAUGUUACGGAGGCUGUCUUCUUGCGUGUGGUAUUUUAGCGCCCAAUAUCAAAAAACUCUUCUGUCCUUUUAUGUGUAUUAAGGAUUGUAGACGUCGUCCACUUUCUAUUGAGGCAAAUCUCAAAGAAAUGAACCAGGCUGAUUAUUUCUGUAACCUCGGUUGUGCUACUGAUCGUUGUGGUUCAUCCUCCUCAAUCGAAGAUAAGGAUCAUGUGGACAAAGUAUCAGUAUGCGUGGAUUCAUGUUCAGAUAUGUGCUCCCACAAGAACUAAUUAAAGCCGUUAUUUUAGUGUCUAAGAGAUUUAUAAACCAGUAAUUUACGUAACGAUUAAAUAUAUUCUCCAAAAUCCAAAUGAGAUUUUUUUUUUUUUUUUCCUGAGUUGAUCAUAUAUGCUUUGUGUUAUGAGCAUGCCGAUUAAUAAAAUAAUCCACAUCCAAAA